AUGAACCCUGCCCGCUCCCCCGCGCCCAUUGCGGGCAAGCAAUGGAGAAUCAGGUCAAGUUAUUGGGCUCAGUCCAGCAAUGUGCAAAUGUCGCCCGUGAAGGGGACGGCUGACUACAGGGUAGCAGGCGGGGUGAAGCGCCAGGCAGAGGCAGCACAGGAGCAGCACCAGAAGCAGGCUACACGCGCUAUUGAAGCUCAAGAGGCACCACCAGCUGCGCCUGCAAACAAGCCUGUGGGCAAGCGUGGCAGCAGGAAGGGAAAGCACGAGCAGCGUGGCGCCGCCCCCGGCCGCGCCACUUUCGGUGCAGCCCCUUUGCAUGCCAGUCAGCUGCAGCCGUGUCCAUGUCCUCACCUGGCUGGAUCACAUCCCAUCACAUCCCACACACCACUUCCCAGUGCGGCGGGGACGCCUGGCGCCACCCCGGUGCGCCAGUUACAGUGCAGUCGUGUGAAUCCCGUGGCCCAGAUGCAGUUCAUGGAAAGCCGGUCUCCCGUGCAACUUCUAGCUGCCAGCCGUACAGCUACCCGACUCAUGCCAACGACCCGUGUGUGUGGCCCCUGGCUUGGCAGCUUCCCAGCCGGCCCACCGUACAACUACCAGCUCCCAGCCGCGGCAGCUACCGACACCCAACCGCAGCUCCAGUACGGCUGA